CUGGCCACUGGUGAUGCUCAGGAGAUUACUCGAGCAGCCUCUAAAAGAAGCUCUGCACUCACAACUACACGCUCAGAGUGAAAGUGUGCAACACUGUGUGGAGCUCAGCUGCCUGCUUUGAGCCAUGGCAGCGUUUCACUGGAUACUUCUGCUCUUAUCAGUGGCUUCAGUGGCCUCUGUGGCAACACGCAAGUCCCAGAGGACAAGAAGAGGUUUACAUGAGCUGGCUGGAGUCAUCCAGUGCAGCACGGGGGGAAAUGCUUUGAAUUACAUGAUGUACGGAUGCUACUGUGGCCUGGGAGGUGAAGGCUGGCCCAAAGACAAAGCAGACUGGUGUUGCUUCAGACACGAUUGCUGUUAUGGAAACGCAGAAGAACUGGGUUGCCAUACCAAAACAGACCAGUAUCACUGGGAGUGUGACGACAAAACAGCUGAGUGUGAUGACCUGGAGGACAACUGUAAGAAGAUGCUGUGCAAGUGUGACAGAGAAAUUGCCAAAUGUUUGAGAAAAGCACCUUACAAACGAAAGUAUUCUUUCUGGCCAGAUUUUCUCUGUGGCACCGACAAACCGAUGUGUAGCAUUAGCUGAUGCAAUAAGUGCAUCACUCAGAUUUUUGGUGCUUCUUUUUAAUAUUUCAUGCUUACAGUAACAAUGGACCAAUGGUAAUGCCAUUGCUAUGCAGUCAAAGACAAUCAUAUAUUGUGUCUUAAUACUGCUUUGAUUAUGAAUCGUAUUCAGUAUAUAACAAGGUGUUGUAGAGUAGAACAGUGGUUAUAUAGAUAGCACUCUCGGAACCCACCACCAACUCCUCGGUUAAAAAUCGCGAGCCAAAUUUUGGAUCAUUUUCGACCAAUCAGAUUUAUUUACUGAGAAGUUGUGCAGUUUGGACCUCAGUCAGUACAAAACAUGUGACAGAAGCAAGAAACUGAACAAAACAAACAUGUUUAAAAAGUGCUUCACAGACAAGUUUUUUUCCCCAGGCACACACUCGCGACCCACUUUUAAAUGGCUCCGCGACCCACCUCUGGGUCCCCACCCACCAGUUGAGAACCGCUGCUCUACCAGAAGGUUGAGUGUUAUUCGGGGAAGGAAAAAUCAGAUAGCCGCUCCUCACAGCAGAACUUUGAUUCGUUUAAAACACUGAGCAGGGGAUUACCUGCCAUUUAAAAAAAAACACUGUAGUUGAUUUUGGAAUGAGUGUGACUAAACGCUUCAUUUAUAAGGUUAGAAAAAUAUUUGGAAAUGUAUUGAGUAAAUAUAGACUGAGGUUACUCUGUUUUUUUCUAUUUUUAAGCUGCUGUGACACAUCUGCCUUUCACCUUUUUGCUGCCUGAUUCAGACCUUUUUUAGGGAUGAAAUCUUUUUUUAAAACUCACACAUGUACAUUUUCCUUUUAAUGGUUUUGAUUGAUUCACACCAUGGUGACUGAUGACUGUGUUUAAACCAACUUCUCCAUGAGGGCUAAGGAAAACAUUGAAGUCAUUCGGUAUUCCAGUUUGCUCUUCCCUCACAGAACAAAAACAAGACAAACAUUUUGCACAGGAACUCCUACAGAAUAAUGUGAUCAGACCAGUUGAACUUCAUUUGGUUUGACAUUCUAGAGAGUUCUAAUUUCCUGUCUGUGCCAUCUCACACAUUAAUGUCUCAGGCAUUUAUUGUUGCAGGAUCAAACAAUUAGAGAGCUGACUUUCAGUAUGAUCAUUGAUGUCUUCAACUUUUAGAUUUAAAUAAAAAACAGUGUAUUUUUGAA